AUGAGGAAGGUGGCCAUAUUUACAUGGAGGACAUGGCCAGUGAUGCUGUGAUCAGUAUAAUGAAAUAUAUCUAUGGUGGACUUGUAUCUGUGACACAGAGCUGCUUGUCUGAUGUUGUUAAGCUAGCUGAUAGAUUUAAGAUAACAGAAUUACAAGAAAUCCUUAAAGAGGUACAUUGCAGUCGGCAUUCAACUGAGGCUUACAGUCCAAUUAAGUCAGAGACUACUUCACCAAAUAAAACAUCUGUCGAGAGCUUGCUGAAACAGCUGUGGAGUGAUUCUGAUGAUGAGGAAGAUGAUGGUCAAAGUCACAGGAAGUCAGGAGAGGAUUCUGGGAUGGAACAAGAACCUGUCUGCUCCCAGAGUUCUAAUAGUGAAAAACAGAAAUCCCCUGUAAAGUCAGGUCAAAGGUCAGAUGGAAUUAAACAUACUCAUUUGAAUCAGAUUACUAGAUAUGAGAAUAAAACAAAUAUUGAAAAUCUAGAAACUAAAUCAGCAUUAAAUUCACCUUUGAAAUAUGUGCAGGAAAAUUGUGAUUAUAGUCCCAGUAAAUCAAGAGCUAAAAAUGUUAAAAAUACAUCAUUGAUAUUUGAGAAUGAUGAACUAGAAGUGUACAGUAAUGUGAGUUCUUCAUUUGAAAAAUCACCAGAGAAAAAUCAUCCUAUAAAAGAUAUGAAAUGUGAAAAUUCUAAAGAAAACAGUCCACAAAAAAGAUCAAUUAGUCCUCCAGUAAUAGUAGACAAUGAUCAGGCAUUUUCACCAGAAAUCCCUUUUAUUCACAGCUCUCAGAACAUCACAGAAAAGUCAGAUCAGGAGAAAUCUCUUUCUGCAGUCUCUGAUAAUUGUCAUGUGACUAAACACAUACGAAAGAAUGAUAAUGAUUGUGUGAACUCUGAAGAUUUACCAGAUGAUCUACCUCUAAUAGAAAGUCCACGAAAAUCAAGACUUUCAAGACAAGCAAGAGAAAAAAGUUUUAAAGAUAUUGAUUCAGAUAUUCAGAGUCAGACAAUGGCUACAGAAGAAAGAAAUAUUUCAAAUAAAACUAGCAACAUUUUGAAGGAAAAAGUAAUAAAAAAUAGUAAUGAAAAGGAUGCUGAUAAAAAUGGAACGGCAAGUUUUCCUAAGAACGAAAAUGCUGUAACUGACAAAGUCAUUGACCUUAAAUAUGGAAACAAACCCCUUUUGUUGGAAAAAAGUAAAAAUUUGAAUAAAACUACACAUGAUAGUUUUGAUGACAGUAAUGAUAGUUUAAUUGUUGUUGAUACAGAGGAUAGUAACCAUAGUAACAAUGAUUUGAAAUUUGCCCUGACCAAUGAAACUUUUAGAGAUGUCACUCUUGAUCAAAGCUACAAAGACAAAGAAAAAAGUUUAAAUUCUAGUUUGAAUAUUUCUGGUGGUGAUUUGUUUGCCAGUCCUUCUCCGACUAUCCAGAGAAAAAAAACAUGCCAAAGUAAAAUGUCGUUAUCUCAGGAGGUGCUUAAUGUCCAGGGUGAGACUACUCUGACUAUCCAGGGAACUAAAACAUGUAAAAGUAAACUGACUUUAUCUCAGGAGGUGCUGGAAGAUGAGGGUGAGACUAGUUCUGCAAUUACAAAUUCAGAUUUGGAAACAAUGACGUCUCCUUCUUUUAGAAAAUCCAAAAGAAAAACUACAGAAAUGGAAACCCCGACAAAGAAAUCCCCAUUAACCAAAAAGAUUAGAACCAACAUGGAGGAUAAUGAUGUUUCAAUUAUUGGAGAUAAUUUUGACCAAUUAUCUUCUCAGGAAUCAGAAUCUCCAAAAUUUAAAGCAAGAGAGAAGAAAUGGAAAUUUAGUUCAAGGUCAAAUUUUAUGAAAAGUCAAGACAUAACUUUUUCUGGUCCAGUUAAACGUAAUGAUAUCUCAGAAAAUUGUGAAAAAUUAUCAAAUAAGCAAGACUUGAAUAUCAGUUCUUUUGCACAGUAUCCCACAACAGUAGAAGUAACUAAUACUACUGAUAAUUUGAAUGAUAGUGGAUUUGAAAUGAAUUUAACCCAAUCUCAAUUCCAUGGGGAGAUGGAUAUAAAGCAUAAAUCCUCUGAUGAGAAUGAGGAUGAAGUGAGUCUUAUCACCGGUGGAGAAUCUGACCUUGAGAGAAAGGAUACUAAUGUGACCUUGGAAUAUGAUAUGAAUGUUGCCUUAGAAACAGAUGGUGUGUUAUGUGACGAUGUUUGGGAAGAUUUUGAUGACUGUGGUGGGGACGAUUUUGAUGGCAUCAUAGCAUGUAAAACACCAUGUAAACCUGUCACUGAUCAGCUAAAGGAAAAUCUACCAAGUGCGAAUGCAAUAGGAAAUGAAAGUUCUGCCAUGUCUGACAGAAACAAACAUCAAGAAGACCAUGAUCAGAAUAAACACUUUGAAGAGCCAGUUGAUCAGCUGGAAGAUACAGAAAACCUGACUUUUUGCGAUGAAAGUUUUGCAAUAGAUGAGAACCCAUCCACAUCUACAUCAGUACAGCGCUCUUUCAAGACCCCAGUUAUGAGUAAAGAAAGACAAAGAACAAAACAAACAUGGAAGGAGCCAUCACCAUUUACUCCUAUGCCAAAUUAUGAUGCAAUGGCAACGCCUCAUAUAAAGAAAAAAGUACAAAAUUAUGGAGUAAAACCUGUUGGAAAGAAGAGAAUGAUAAAAUUACUAAAGGAUAUCUACCACAAAACACAUCAAUACGAAACAGACAGUGAAUUUGAAGAUGAGGUUGAUGAAAAUACUGAUGUUAGAAAGGCUGACACUGAUGUAGAUGAUGAUGAUGAUGAUGACGACCAGGAGGAUGAAUUAGAAGACAGUUUAAAUGACAGCCAGGAAUCACAGAACAGUGAUUUAGUAGAGGAGAGUAUAAUGGUUUGUACAGAAGAAGACACUCAACCUCUAAAGCCUGGGGAGAAGAGUUUAAAUGACAAAUUGAUGGAAUUUAUCAGAAAACAACCCGACAUACAAGUCAGAAUUCUUAUGUAUGAGCCCUUAGAGUUGGAUGUAUUGAAACAGAAGAUAACAGAGGCAGAGAUAAAGUGUUCUAUGGAAAAGCUAAAAGAAUUCUUAGAUGAUAAGUGCAUUACCUUUACAAUGAAGAACAUGAGAAAAAGUCCAAGGAAGAAAAGACGAAGCCCAAAGAAAAGGAAGGCCACUGAAAACAGUCCAAAGAAAAGUAGUCCCGUCAAAGGUCAAGGAAGAGGGAGAAAGAAACUGAAUCCAUCUUAAAAUUUUGUUGUUAACAUACGGAUAGAAUUGAUUUGUACAAAUGUAUAGAUACACAGGUCUAACAAUUACCUGACAAGUUUAGACUCUUUCAUCUCCUACUCAGUUGUAAAUAUAUGAUGUUAAUUUAUGAGGAUUUUUAAACUACAAUGUAAAUGAAGUUAGAGAUUUUACAUAUAUUGACUAAACAAGCAUUGUUGUAUAUGAUGUACUGAAGUUAUUUAACAAUGAAAUAUCAAAUCCUAAUGCCACUGGAAUUUAAGUAACAAAGAGUCAAUCAAUCAAAUCUGAAUAAGUUGUGAAGUGUUUGUUAAUGGUUUAACAUUUUCUGAGAUACUCUAUGCUAUAUGUUAUUUUCUACUCGUUAAAUUGUAUUCAAUGAACCUAAAAUUUAUUUUUCCAUUUCAAGUUUAAGGUAUUUGUACAUGUAUUUUUGACUACAGGAUAUGUGUAUUUUUUUAAAAUAAAAUAGAAAUGAUAUUAAAUAACAUUUAAUUACAUAAUAUUUUUGUCAUGUUGAAACAUUUUAAAAGCCUGUUUUUGGUAAAAGAUUUGUCAAACUUCAGUAAAAGAUAAGCUACACCUUCCUGUGCAGAUUCUUCUUUCAAUCCAUAUCAAAAUCAUCUGACAUUAUAAAAAAGAAAUAUAAAGAAUGUAUGCACCUAUUAGAAUUGAAAUAUUCAAAACAUAUGUUCUGUCUUGCUAAACAAAAAUGGAUGCCUUUGGUUUUUAAAUGUAUGCUGAAGUGAAUGGACCUAACUUAAUUUAUACACAUGUAUUUAAAUUCAUCAUAGAUGUAUACAGUUAUCAACAUCUUCAACUCUACAAACAUUGAACAUUAAAACAAAUAAUAUUGCUGUUAAUGUGCUGUCAUCAAACACCAUAGCUAUAGAUAUGCUAUAUCUCAUAGUGUCCUGAUUAUUAAAGACCUUAGCUGACACUAAAAAUACUUACAUUAAGCUGUAAACCUUAUAAGAUUAUAUGAUAGUCAAUAGGUUACUUUAUACUUUAACUACAUUAAACAAAGUUUUAUUAUUUCAUACUUAUUUCACUGACAGACUAAAGGUAAUAUAUAACCAGAGCUCAAUCCCUAGGUUAUUGGUAGACAACAUUAUAUUUUGUAUAGAUAAAUCAAAAGUGCAUGUGAAAGAACAGACCCAACUUAUUGUAAGCUAUAUGAUGAUAUAAAAUUUGUUGUUAUGCCAUUUUUAUGUGGUUGCUGUUUGUUUGAUAUACAAAUUAAAACUUAUUUUAUUUUUAUUGAUGAUAUAUUAUAUUUUGGGAGGUGAGUGAAAAAACACAUGAUGACAGA